AUGAAUAUGCUGAUCAAUUUGACGUCUUCUUCCUCUUCUCCUUCCUCUUCUUCUUCUUCUUCUAAUGAUUAUAUCAAUGAUGUCAAAUUAAAUGAUAAUGGUGAAGUGAUCUUAAAACGUCGUGAAUAUUCAAAUACUAAAUGUUUAUAUUAUUUAUUUACUGAAUUCUUUCAAAAUACAACUGUUUAUCUAUAUGUCAUGACAUUUUUAUUUUGUGGUUUAUUUUGUUUAUCUAUAUUAUUCAUUAUAAGUUAUAUAAUAAUUAAUAAUUUAAUCAUUAUUCUAUUAAAUACUUUCAAUAUAUAUAUCAUCAAUAAUUAUAAAUUAUCAAUAAUCAAUAUAAAUUCAAUAAAUGAAUUUCAAUAUUCAAUUAUUAUUAUUUUAUUUAUUCUAUAUAUAAUUUAUUGGUUAUGGGAUUGGAAUUCAGAAAAUCAUGGUGGACAUCCAAAACAAUUUAUACGUUAUUUAAAAAUAUGGGAAUAUUUAGCAGAUUAUUUUCCAAUACAUUUAGUAAUUAGUAAAGAAUUUAUUAAAUUUAAUAAAAUUCAUAAUCAUCAUAUUAAACAUCAUUCUUAUUUUAUGAAUUCUAUUAUGAAUAAUGAAGAUUAUAAAAAUGAUGAUGAUUUUGAUAAUGAAUUAAUGAAAGAAAAUUUAUCUAUGGAUGUUAAUUAUUUGGUUGGAUUUCAUCCACAUGGAAUACUUGCUACAGGAGCAUUUAUUAAUUUUGCUACAGAAGCUACUGGUUUUUCAAAAGUAUUUCCUAGAUUUAAGCCAUAUUUAGCUAUAUUAAAAGCUCAUUUUAUAGCACCAUUUUAUCGAGAUUUUCUAAUGUUAUUCGGAAUGAUUGCUGCUACUAAGAAAGGAUUACAUUACCUUUUGGAUAAGAAUAGUUGCAAACAAACAGGGAAUUUUGUCGUUGUCGUUCUUGGUGGGGCUUCCGAAGCCUUAGAUUCAAGACCUGGAACAUAUGUGAUGCACAUUAAUCAACGUUUUGGUUUUUUCAAGUUGGCCUUACAAACUGGAUCAUAUUUGGUACCGUGUAUAUCAUUUGGUGAACAAAGCUUAUAUCAUCAAGUUCCAAAUGAAAAAGGAUCAUGGAUACGAUGGCUACAGGAUAAAUUUACGUCGAUUUCUACCGUUGCACUGCCUAUUUUCUAUGCUCGUGGUCCCUUUCCGUAUCGUAAACCAGUCUAUACUGUAGUUGGUGCUCCAAUUCAAUGCGAAAAAAUAAAUGAACCCACAGACGAACAGGUCGCACAUAUUAAACAAAUUUAUAUAGAAAAGCUCCAAACACUAUUUGAAGAUUACAAGGUAAUUUAUGAUCCAGAAGCUAAUGAUAUUGAAUUUGUAUAAAUGAAAAACUUAUGUAUUUUUGAUUCAUUUAUCAAACUAUCGUAAUCAUGUAUUGAAGCAUUGAAUGGAAAAAGUUAAGAAUCACUAUUUCUUGAAUAGUACAUUUUUAAAGAUCACCAUUGAAUUGUAUCUUUAUUGGAAAUUUUCUCUUAGUUAACUACAAUACUUACUAAAAGUGUUUAUCAUCUUUUAAAAUCGUAGUAGAGGAAAUGUUACAUAGACAAAAUAGCCACUUUAUAAAAUAUUGGGAAGCUCAUCUAUAUUAUAUAUGUUUCAAGUACUAUUGUUUCUCUACACCAACCAAUAAUAACAAUGAUUAUCUUUCACAUAUUUUUUAUUAUCAUACAAAUUCAUUACAAUACUUCCUUCAUGAUCGUAAUAGUCAUGGUAUAAGUGAUUUGUUUCACACACUCAAUUGGUGUUAUGCAAACAGCAUAAACGUUACAUUUUAAUCUUAUGACUAGGACAGAGAUUAAAUGGCGAGAAGACAAUAAGAUAAACCUAAAUUGCAUAACUUCAAUUUCUAGUCACAGUACUCACAAAUGAAAACUAACUAAAUGAAAGAAAAUUUAACUUUUUAACUGCAUUCGUCAAAAUAAUUACGACAAAUUAAAAAUCAUUCCUCCAUCUAAUCAAAUAAUAUUCAAAUCAGGAUGAAUAGAUUUUUGAACAUCAUGGAACAACCGAAAUAAUGUCAAUUAACCAAUCUUUAAUAAGUUCUAUUCCAUAAAGUGGUCAAUAAUCAUAUUUCAAACGAUACUGUCGAUAAAUUCACUUAGUAUUGUUUAAAUGAAUCUUCCGAUUGAUGUUUAGGAUUGCGAUUGACGCCAGUCUCAUCCGUCAGGCCUUUCUGAGCAUUGUCGAUGAUAAAUCUCUUGGAUUCAUUUAAAAUGGACAUUACAUUGCUAUUGUAUUCGUCUCUGUUUAGGAUAAUUACACUGGAAUCCUUGCUUGAUCGAAUUAACAUUAGUAUUUUGUACUUCAUAAGUUUUCCCAAUGCUUGAUGAUGGACUUUAGUCAACACUUAGACUGUGGAACUGGUGUUGUAAUGUACUGAUUUGUAAUAUUCACUCAUUUCCAUUUCAACCAACUUUGUAUUUCAUCAUUCAUAGGUUUUAGGUCUGAUAUAAAUACUGAAAUUGAGUUUCAGUUUCGAUUCUCUUGCAUUUUUUCCAGAAUAUUAAAUUUAAAUCUGAGGGAGAAUUUCUGUUACAAUUAAACCUAAUUUUUUAGUCGAUAAAUUCUGCAUACAUUUUUCCGGAUUAAUAGGAAAGACGUUAUGUUUUCGUUCUUUUACAUGUGUUUUGGUUAAUAUCUUUAAAAACUCAAAAGCCCAUUAUUAUAAUUUAAUGUACAAUAUUUAAAUCCGUAACAAUUUUAUCAAAAA